CAGAAAGCAGCGAAACUACACCUCUCCCUCCUUGUUGCAUCUCUACACAAAGGGUCUAGGAGGCUGCUGAUGCUACGGUAGAGAGAUUACCUCUGACAAACAGUCCCCGAGAGGACCUUUUCCCCUCCCCCCACACAAUCCACCGCUAUGCCCCAAUCCACCGAGGAGGUUGCGCUCCCCUCCAGCCCUCUGGCUGGAGGCGCCGUGGCCUACAACCAGAUCAGCAAGGAAUUGCAACCGCUUCCCCCUAUGGAAGCUCACAAUGGAGCCGUGAUUGCUCCCGCAUCCUCCCCUACCCGUGACAGCAACGGGAGGAUGAUGUCCCUUGAGCUCGAGGACGGCACAGUCUACCAGGGCUACAGCUUUGGUGCUGAGAAGAGCGUUGCUGGUGAAUUGGUCUUCCAGACCGGUAUGGUAGGAUAUCCUGAGUCGGUCACCGAUCCUUCCUACCGGGGCCAAAUCCUGGUCAUCACCUUCCCCCUCGUCGGCAACUAUGGUGUUCCGUCCCGGGAGACCAUGGAUGAGCUUCUGAAGACUCUGCCCAAGCACUUUGAAUCCACCGAGAUUCAUGUCGCAGCUCUGGUGGUUGCUACCUACGCCGGAGAAGAUUACUCCCACUUCCUGGCUCAGUCAUCGCUUGGGCAAUGGCUGAAGGAACAGGGAGUCCCUGCCAUGCACGGUGUUGACACUCGUGCUCUCACAAAGCGCAUUCGCCAGAAGGGUAGCAUGCUUGGUCGUAUGUUGCUUCAGAAGUCCGAAUUCGUGGACAGCGCUACCGCAGUGCCUACGGAGAAGGAUAGCUGGCGACCUUUCUUCGAGGAGACGGAGUGGGUUGAUCCCAACAAGAAGAACCUUGUUGCUGAGGUCUCCAUCAAGGAGCCUAAGCUCUUCUCUCCUCCCGAGAAUGUUGCGCUCAAGCACCCAUCCGGUCGCCCAGUCCGCGUCCUCUGCUUGGACGUCGGUCUCAAGUUCAACCAGCUGCGCUGUUUGCUUGCCCGGGGAGUCGAAGUCCUUGUCGUUCCCUGGGACUACGAUUUCCCUACCCUCGCCGGAAAGGACUAUGACGGUCUCUUUGUUUCGAACGGUCCUGGUGACCCCGCUACUCUGACUACCACUGUCAACAACCUUGCUAAGACCAUGAAGGAGGCCCGGACUCCCGUGUUCGGUAUUUGCUUGGGUCAUCAGCUGAUUGCCCGCUCCGUUGGCUGCCAGACGCAGAAGAUGAAGUUCGGUAACCGUGGCCACAACAUUCCCUGCACCAGCAUGGUCUCCGGAAAGUGCCACAUCACCUCUCAGAACCACGGUUAUGCCGUGGAUUCUACGACCCUUCCUGAGGGCUGGGAGGAGCUUUUUGUCAACGCCAACGAUGGUAGCAACGAGGGUAUCCGCCAUGUUAGCCGUCCCUUCUUCAGUGUUCAGUUCCACCCUGAGAGCACGCCCGGACCUCGGGAUACCGAGUUCCUCUUCGACGUUUUCAUCAACACCAUCAAGGACACGCUCACUUCUCCUGAGGCUCUUACCAAGCCUGUCUCCUUCCCUGGCGGCGCUAAGGAGGACAACAUCAAGGCCUCGCCCCGUGUCUCCGUCAAGAAGGUUCUCAUCCUGGGUAGUGGUGGUCUAAGCAUUGGACAAGCUGGUGAAUUCGACUACUCUGGUAGUCAAGCCAUCAAAGCUCUGAAGGAAGAGGGUAUCUACACCAUCUUGAUUAACCCCAAUAUCGCCACCAUCCAGACCUCGAAGGGUCUAGCGGACAAGGUCUACUUCCUUCCGGUCAAUGCUGACUUCGUGCACAAGGUCAUCAAGCACGAGAGACCCGAUGCUAUCUACGUCACAUUUGGCGGCCAGACUGCUUUGCAAGUCGGUAUCCAGCUUAAGGAUGAGUUUGAGUCUCUUGGUGUCAAGGUUCUUGGUACCCCUAUUGACACCAUCAUCACCACUGAGGAUCGUGAGCUUUUUGCUCGCAGCAUGGACUCGAUCGGCGAGAAGUGCGCCAAGUCUGCCUCUGCCUCCAACCUGGAGGAGGCGCUCAGUGUUGUGGAAGGCAUUGGCUUCCCUGUCAUCGUCCGUGCUGCCUAUGCACUUGGUGGUCUUGGAAGUGGUUUCGCCGACAACAUGGAGGAGCUCAAGGAACUUUGCACUAAGGCUUUUGCCGCCAGUCCCCAGGUGCUCAUUGAGCGGAGUAUGAAGGGUUGGAAGGAAAUCGAGUACGAAGUUGUGCGUGAUUGCAGAGACAACUGUAUCACUGUUUGUAACAUGGAGAACUUCGACCCUCUUGGUAUCCACACUGGUGACUCGAUUGUUGUCGCCCCUUCCCAGACCCUCUCGGACGAGGACUACAACAUGCUGCGUACGACCGCAGUCAAUGUCAUUCGUCAUCUCGGUGUUGUUGGUGAAUGUAACAUUCAGUAUGCUCUCAACCCCUUCUCGAAGGAGUACUGCAUCAUUGAGGUCAACGCUCGUUUGUCGAGAUCUUCCGCGCUUGCUUCCAAGGCCACUGGAUACCCUCUCGCUUUCAUUGCUGCCAAGUUGGGUCUGAACAUCCCGCUCAAUGAGAUCAAGAACUCUGUCACCAAGGUCACCUGCGCUUGCUUCGAGCCUUCCCUCGAUUACUGCGUUGUCAAGAUCCCUCGCUGGGAUCUGAAGAAGUUCACCCGCGUGUCUACCCAGCUCGGAUCCUCCAUGAAGAGUGUUGGUGAGGUCAUGAGUAUCGGAAGAACCUUCGAAGAAGCGAUUCAGAAGGCUAUUCGCUCUGUUGACUUCCACAACAUGGGUUUCAAUGAGACGAACGCCCUCAUGUCCAUCAAGGGCGAACUGCAGACUCCUUCUGAUCAGCGGUUGUUCGCUAUCGCCAACGCGAUGGCUGCUGGCUACAGCGUUGAUGACAUUUGGAAGCUCACUUCAAUCGACAAAUGGUUCUUGACCAGACUCAAGGGGUUGAGCGACUUCGGAAAGCUUAUGACCUCCUACAAUGCCACGACUGUUCCCAGACCCCUGAUCAAGCGUGCCAAGCAGCUUGGUUUCUCCGAUCGUCAACUUGCCCAGUUCUUGAGCUCCAACGAACUUGCUGUUAGACGUAUGCGUGUUGAGUCUGGCAUCGUGCCGAUUGUCAAGCAGAUCGAUACAGUUGCUGCCGAGUUCCCCUCGUUCACCAAUUAUCUCUACCUGACGUAUAAUGCCUCUGAGCACGAUGUGAACUUCAACGACAAUGGUAUUAUGGUCCUCGGAUCGGGUGUUUACCGCAUUGGUUCUUCCGUCGAGUUCGAUUGGUGCUCUGUUCGUACCAUCCGCACUUUGCGCGAGCAAGGUCACAAGACUGUCAUGGUCAACUACAACCCCGAGACCGUCAGUACCGACUAUGAUGAGGCCGAUCGUUUGUACUUUGAGAACAUCAACCUGGAGACCGUUCUCGACAUCUAUCAGUUGGAAUCCUCUAGCGGUGUCAUCAUCUCCAUGGGUGGUCAGACCCCCAACAAUAUCGCCCUGCCUCUCCACCGCUUGAACGUCAAGAUUCUUGGUACAUCCCCCGAAAUGAUUGAUGGUGCCGAGAACCGCUACAAGUUCUCUCGCAUGCUUGACCGUAUCGGCGUGGAUCAGCCAGCCUGGAAGGAACUCACCAGCAUUGACGAGGCCACCGAGUUCUGUAACAAGGUCGGCUACCCUGUGCUUGUGCGCCCGUCCUACGUGCUUUCGGGUGCCGCCAUGAACACUGUCUACUCCGAACACGAUCUGGCUAGCUACCUGAACCAGGCCGCUGAUGUCUCUCGUGAGCACCCUGUUGUCAUUACCAAGUACAUUGAGAACGCAAAGGAAAUUGAGAUGGAUGCUGUUGCUCGUAACGGUGUCAUGGUCGGACACUUCAUCUCCGAGCACGUCGAGAACGCUGGUGUCCACUCUGGUGACGCUACCUUGAUCCUGCCCCCUCAGGACUUGGAUCCCGAGACCGUUCGCCGCAUCGAGGAGGCUACUCGCAAGAUCGGUAACGCCUUGAAUGUCACCGGUCCUUACAACAUCCAGUUCAUUGCCAAGGACAACGACAUCAAGGUCAUUGAGUGCAAUGUCAGAGCUUCCCGCUCUUUCCCCUUCGUGUCCAAGACCAUGGGUGUUGAUCUCAUCGAAAUGGCCACCAAGGCCAUGAUCGGAGUUCCUUUCGCGGAGUACCCUCCCGUCUCCAUCCCCAAGGACUACGUCGGUGUGAAGGUUCCUCAGUUCUCGUUCUCUCGCCUCUCGGGUGCCGAUCCUGUUCUGGGUGUUGAGAUGGCUUCGACUGGUGAAGUCGCCUCCUUCGGACGUGAUAAAUAUGAAGCUUACCUGAAGGGUCUGAUCUCCACCGGGUUCCGUCUUCCCAAGAAGAACAUUCUCUUCUCUAUCGGUUCUUACAAGGAGAAGAUGGAGAUGCUCCCAUCUAUCCGCAAGCUUCACCAGCUGCAGUACAACCUCUUCGCUACCGCUGGUACCGCCGAUUUCCUCAAGGAAAAUGGCAUUCCUGUCAAGUUUCUGGAGAUUCUGCCCGGUGAAGAGGAAGACAUCAAGUCUGAGUAUUCUCUCACUCAGCACUUGGCGAACAACCUCAUCGACCUCUACAUCAACUUGCCGUCCAACAACCGCUUCAGACGCCCUGCGAACUACAUGAGUAAGGGUUACCGCACUCGUCGUAUGGCCGUUGACUACCAGACUCCUCUGGUCACCAACGUUAAGAACGCCAAGAUCCUGAUCGAGGCCAUCGCCCGCCACUACGACCUUGCCGUCCGUACUCUGGAUUACCAGACUAGCCACCGCACAAUCAUCCUUCCAGGCUUGAUCAAUGUCGCUGCUUUCGUUCCUGGUCUCGUCACUCCCGGCUCGGACGAUUUUGAGCUCAUGACCAAGGCUUCUAUCGCCUCCGGCUUCAGCAUGGUCCGCGUCAUGCCCGUGGGUGUUGAUGCGUCGGUCACUGAUCCCGCUGCCCUCAAGGUUGUCCAGCAGAACGCCCAGAAGGGUUCUUUCUGUGACUUCAACUUCUCAGUGUCGGCUACCUCGACCAACGCUGACCAGAUCGGCCAAUUGACUGGAGAUGUCGGCUCCCUCUUCAUUCCUUUCAACCACCUUUCUGGUAACAUCAGCAAGGUCGCUGCUGUGACAAGCCACUUCGCUGCUUGGCCUUCUAGCAAGCCCAUCAUUACCGAUGCUAAGUCUACUGACCUGGCAUCCGUGCUGCUCCUGGCUAGUCUCCACAGCCGCAACAUCCAUGUGAUGAACGUGACUUCCAAGGAGGACAUUACGUUGAUCGCUUUGAGCAAGGAGAAGGGUCUCAAGGUCACUUGCGAUGUGUCCAUUUUCUGCCUCUUCUUCUCCAAGGAUGAGUACCCCGAGUCCUCCUUGCCCUCCGCUGAGGACCAGAAGGCCCUGUGGGAGCACCUGAGCACUAUCGAUGUCUUCUCUAUUGGUAGCAUUCCUUUCCAGAUGGCCGGCGACAAGGGCUCUCCUGUCGUUGGUGUUGCGGAAUCACUGCCCCUGCUGUUCACUGCCGUCGCUGAAGGCCGCCUGACUGUUGAGGACAUCAUUGCCCGUCUCUACGAGAAUCCCAAGAAGAUCUUCGAGAUCCACGACCAGGCCGACAGCUCGGUUGAGAUCGAGAUUGACCGCCCUUAUCUGUUCCAGAGCCCUCAUGGCUGGUCUCCCCUCAAUGGCAAGAAUGUUCGUGGUGCUGUGCAGCGUGUGACGUUCCAGGGCAAGACUUCUUGUCUCGAUGGCGCACUCACUCCUGACGCUCCCAAGGGAAUUGACAUGUCCACUCAUCGGAUUGCCCCGGCUUCUCCAUCUGUGAAGGCUAUGUCUCCCAUGGUUCGCGCUCGCCCAGAGAGUUCAUUUGACCGCAGACUUUCCAUCUCCGGCACCCCUCUGCGCCAGGCCCGUCGGGCUGCCGAUCAGGCUGCCGCUCCCGCCGUCGGUGAACUUGGUCCUCCCUUGUACACACCCGUGCCUCAGGUUUCCUCUUCCUUGAUGGAGAUGCUUUCCCGCUCCCCCUUCAAGCAGAAGCACGUGCUCUCGGUGAACCAGUUCACUCGUGCCGAUCUGCACCUGCUCUUCACUGUGGCUCAAGAGAUGCGGUUGGGUGUCCAGCGUCAGGGUGUGCUUGAUAUCCUCAAGGGUCGCCUGUUGACCACGCUGUUCUACGAACCUUCCACUCGAACCUCCGCCUCUUUCGACGCUGCCAUGCAGCGCCUUGGUGGAAGAACCAUUGCCAUCUCCACUGAGCACUCUUCUACCAAGAAGGGCGAGACUCUGCAGGACACUCUUCGCACUCUUGCUUGCUAUGGAGACGCCGUUGUUCUGCGUCACCCUGAUGCUAACAGCACCGAGAUCGCUGCCAAAUUCUCUCCCGUUCCCGUCAUCAACGGUGGAAACGGCAGUGUUGAGCACCCUACUCAGGCCUUCCUGGAUCUCUUCACCAUCCGCGAGGAGCUCGGUACCGUGGGUGGUCUCACCAUCACCUUCACCGGUGAUUUGAGAUACGGCCGCACUGUCCACUCCCUGCUGAAGCUGCUCCAGUUCUACGACGUGCGUGUGCAGCUCGUUGCCCCCAAGGAGCUUGCUCUGCCCGAGGAAGUCCGUCAGCAGCUCGUGGCUUCUGGCCAGCUUGUUGUGGAGUCUGAGGAAUUGACGCCCGAGAUUGUCGCCCGCUCUGAUGUUCUGUACUCCACUCGUGUUCAGAAGGAGCGUUUCGCCGACCUUGAGCAGUACGAGCGCCUGAAGAACACCUUUGUCAUCGACAACGCUCUUCUGAAGCACGCCAAGAGCCACAUGGUGGUGAUGCACCCCCUGCCUCGCAAUGCUGAGAUCUCGGAGGAGGUUGAUUUCGACCAGCGGGCUUCUUACUUCCGCCAGAUGAGAUAUGGCCUUUACUGCCGCAUGGCUCUUCUUGCCUUGGUCUUGGCGCCUUAGGUCAUUCCGGGGGUACACCAACGGAUGUCUGUGUUUCCACAGUUCUGACUGGCGACCUCGAUUAUCAUGUGUUUCCUAUUUGUUUUCGCGUUCCGGCAUUGGGUUUGCUUUUGAAAAGUUGUUCAAUGUCAUUACAUACACCGCGUAGGCUAUUUGCGAGACAUAUUAGAAAUGCUCGCGUGUUAGAUUAGAUGAAUUUUCCUAUUUUCCAGUAUACGAUCCCGUUAUGUGUAUGGAUUGUAUUAUGUGUGUGGUGUGUUUUGUGUGUGGUGUGUGUUAUGUGUGUUAUGUGUGUGGGGUGUGUGUGUGUUGCGUUCGUUGCGUUCGGUGCGUUUUUUGCGUUGUGUGUGUUUGGCGUGUUUCUGGCGUGGUUUUCCUAUGUUUUUUUUUUUUUUUUGGGG